UCAAUUGUCAAUGUCAUGGUUUCUGAUGGUUUCUUUUUGUACGCCACGCUUACUUUAAUGAAAUUGUAAUUGAAAUCUAUAUUUUGAAACGAGUGCUGAAAUUAAUAAGAUAGGCCUUACAAUGGCAGAAACUAUGAAGCAAACCGUUGCCACCAUAUUGAAAAGUAUUGAAAGGUACAAUCCUGCCAAUCUUCAAACUCUAGAGAGGUACGUCGAAAUGCAGUCUCGCGAAAAUACAUAUGACUUAGAGGCAAACCUGGCGGUUUUAAAACUGUACCAAUUUAAUCCAGAGAAGUUCAAUGCUGAUAUCACAUGUCAAAUUCUGUUGAAAGCUUUGACUAAUUUCCCUCACACAGAUUUUACUCUGUGUAAAUGUCUGCUUCUAGAGUCGGUUGUGGAAAAUGAGACAAUAUCUCAGAUCAAAUAUUUGGCUGAUAUUUUAGAGCAGUGUGACUUUGCUCAGUUCUGGAACCGAGUACAUCAGAUGCCAGAACUCUGCAACCGUAUCAGUGGGUUCCAUGACUCUAUCAGAAAGUUUGUGUGUCAUGUUGUUGGUAUUACAUUCCAGACCAUUGACAAAAACAACCUUGCUAACUUAUUGGGAGGCAUUGAUGAUGUGACAUUGAAGCACUGGGUUAAAAAGUAUGGCUGGAGAGACGAUGGCAACUUGAUCUUUAUUGCUAACCAGGAUGAAAACAUUAAGACUAAAAACAUUACUGAGAAAAUAGAAUUUGACCAUCUAGCUCCAUUGAUGGCUCUGUUGUAAACCUUAUGCAACUUUGUAUUGAAUAAAUUGUAAAAUACAGAUAUUGUGUCAUUUCUUGCUCUGAUUGCUUCC